AUGACAAGAUUCCAACAAAUGGAAAGCAAUGGUGAGCAGAUAAAAACGUUUGUUUUUGGCAAUAAAGCUAAGCAAAGCACGACAGAACCCAGUGAAAAAUUGGAAAUAUUCAUACCCGAGCUUCUACUUCCCGGCUACUCGUUUUACACUUGGCCGUCUGCGCAAAUCCUUGCCUGGUUUUUGUGGCAAAGGCGGAUAUCUCUUCGGAACAAACGUAUACUGGAGCUUGGGGCUGGUACCUCACUACCAGGAAUAGUUGCAGCGAAGUGUGGCGCUGACGUAACACUGAGUGACUGUAGUACUCUGCCAAAAACUCUUCAGCAUAUCCAGCGCUGCUGUCGGCUGAAUAAUCUCAACCCCGGCAAGGACAUUCAGGUUAUUGGUUUAACUUGGGGACUCUUUUUAGACCAGGUCUUUCAGCUGGGACCGAUUGAUUUUAUAAUUGGUUCGGACGUGUUCUAUGAUCCUUCAGUAUUCGAAGAUAUCCUAGUAACCGUAUCCUUCUUACUGGAGGUUAACACAGCCGCCAAAUUCCUGUUCACUUACCAAGAGCGAAGUGCCGAUUGGUGCAUAGAAACCUUGCUUAAAAAGUGGAAUCUGGUCUGCAACGUUGUUAGUUUGGAUAAUCUAACAGGAGAGUUGGAAAUCGAUCCGCAAGAGUUUAUGGGAAACCAUACUAUUCACCUGUUAGAAAUUACUCGGCCGUCUUAGAAACUAACUUUUAUUAACGUAAAUUUAGGAUCAAAAUAUAUUUUAAUCAGCAUGUCUUCUACCGGGGCAAACGCAAUAGCCCGCGGCGUACAAAAGCUUUUCGUCAGUAAUAUACC